CAUUUGGGGGAUAUCUGUACUGUUCUGAGGUGUUUCCAUUUGGGGGAUAUCUGUACUGUUCUGACAUUUGGGGGGUAUCUGUACUGUUCUGACAUUGGAUUGGCUGUCAGUACUUCAGGAUUGAUCAAUAUUCAGAUCUAUACCAUAGCUUUUGUGAACUCUAUAACUUUCCUA